AACAUUGUAUACAUAAUAAAUAAAUAAAAAUCUUUUAAAAAAUUCAGAUGUUCUAACAAACAGAAGCCACUAAGAGAUUUAAAAUAGGAAGACGCUGUGAUUUUUUUGCUUUUCAAAAACAACUUUCCUAUGGAGAAAGGAUUAGACAAGAACAAGGUUGAUGACAAGGAAAUCAGAUAAGCUCCUUGCAGUAAAGGGGACAAAAGGAGACAGUAGUCUGAAUUGGAAAUUGGCAGUGAAUAUGAAAAGUAGUGGACUGAUUCAGAAAUCAGCAAGACUUAGUGAGUAACUGAAUGCCAAAAGAAAAGUCAAAAAUCAGCCUUGGUUUUCUGUCUCAGACAACUAAGUGGAUGUGUGUCAUUCUAGCUCUAGGGACAGCAUCACCUCUAAACUCUAGGCCUACUAGGCUUUCUGGGUCCAGCUACCCAAGUCAUCAUGCUGUUUGGUGACAUCAGCACAUGCAUGCACAUAUCUUCACAAAGGUAGAUGAUGUGAGGGCAGUUGCCUACAAUCUCAUCCUUCAUUGCUAUAGUAUUGGUUUUGUCUGCCUGUGAAAAGGCAGUUGGGUUGUGUUUCUCAGACCAUUGGCCAUGUGUCUGUGGUGAUCUGUAUUCCUUGUUUGGAGAACUGGAAAGAUCAGGUUUGAAGAUUCUUUAACGAACAUGGAAUGGCCACCUAAGGAUUACUGUUUCUCUCUGAGAUAUUCAAACAAAUCACUGUAUUCACCAUCAAGUUUCUCAUCGAUAACACAGAGACAGAAUCUUGUCUGUUUCCUCAGAAACCCACACUAUGGCAGCCUUAUUUAUGCUGAUGGUCAUGGCGAAGUGUGGACAGACUGGACUAACAUGUCCAAGUUUUUUCAGUAUGGGUGGAGAUGCAACACUAAUGAGAACUCCUAUUCGAACCGUACUCUGAUAGGCAACUGGAACCAGGAAAGAUAUGACCUAAAGAAUAUUGUAAAACCUAAACCUUUGCCUUCCCAGUUUGGACACUACUUUGAAUCAACAUAUGAUGCAAGCUACAACAGCAAAAAGCCACAAUCAGCACAUAGAUUUAAGCGAGAGCCUCAUUGGUUCCCUGGACAUCAGCCUGAGCUGGAUCCUCCUCAAUACAAAUGCACGGAAAAGUCAACUUUUAUGAAUAGCUACUCAAAGCCUCUACCCACUCAUUACUCUUGUCCAGAGUGUUGCAGAGAGAAGACCAGAAGACCAGGGAAAGUGAAUGACUCGCCUGGGUUUGUACCACUAGGAAGUGCUGCCAGUCAUUCUGACCCAAAAGUCCUUGGAGUCCCCUGAAUCAUAGAUCGAGAAUUAGAUCAGUUACGUUUGUAGAUUUAUUUAAAGCACACUGAAUAUAUGAACACAAGACCAA